AUGCUGUGGAAACCCUGGAUCGCCCUCCUGGAGCCCUAUAUCUCCCCUCCUGAUCCCCCUCACGUCACCCUGUUUUACGACAGGCUGCAGACAGAUUGGUAUCAGGAUCAAUUCCAGGAACAACAGGAUGGUCAUGAAUGGACGAUUGAAUCACAAAAUAUUAAUGUGGCAUCCCUGGGCGUGGCGGCAGCGGUCAAAUUGACUCCUGAACAGGCUGCAUGGUACAGGAUGGGGGACGAAGCGUCCCCACAUGUCUCAUUAGCUCUACACCCCGCACAUCAGGCCAAAGAACUAGGGGGUAUAGUAAAAAGGGCACAGGAACAGGCUGAUUGGGUACAAACAACCAUCCCACAGGUACACUACUCUCCCGCUUCAUGUACGUAUCGCAUAACUAUCAAUGCCACCGACACAGCAACCAUGGAACACACACAUAUCACCCGUCAACAUGGUAGGGAGAAAACAUAUCAUCACCUGGCGGCACACAUGAUUGAUUCACUCCCUCAACAAUUAUGGGCUCAGAGCCCUACUGAUGUAGGUCGCGUAGAAUGUGAGCCCAUCAGGUUUAGCAUACAACCAGGACCGCCACUGUGGAUCAGACAAUAUCCGCAUAAACCUCAAGCAGAAGCGGGCAUAUCAGACACUAUCGACGGCCUGCUACAAGGAGGUGUGUUAGAACCCUCCUCAUCGUACUGGAACACGCCCAUCUUACCGGUAGAAAAGAAAGGCACAGGGAAAUAUCAUCUCCGUGCCAUUAACAAAAUUUUGAUCACCCCCACGGUUCCGGUCCCUAAUCCAUAUGUAGCAUUGGCUAAUCUGGAUCCCUCUCAUAGCUGGUUCACAUGCACUGAUUUGGCCAAUGCAUUUUUCUGCCUUCCAUUGGCGGAGGAAUGUAGAGACAUUUUCUCAUUCUCAUAUCAGGGACAGCAACUGAGAUACACCAGGUUACCACAAGGGUUCGCGCUUUCUCCCGGUCUGUUUAAUCAAACGCUGAAACAGCUCCUCCGCGAAUGUCAUCUGCCCGACAACGUUACGUUGGUACAAUACGUGGAUGACUUGUUGUUAGCUGCUCCUACUGCCUAAUCUUGUUUGGACGCCACACACAGGGUGCUGCAACUCCUGGCUGACAAAGGAUUUAAAGUAAGCAAAACCAAACUCCAAGUGGCCAGAAAACAGGUGUCAUUUUUGGGGCGCAUGGUAUCACAAAAAGGGGCGGGCCUGUCUCCACAACACAGAUCGGCCAUACUACACCAUCCCAAACCAAACAAGGUAAAAGACAUGUUGUCCUUUUUAGGACUGACAGGGUACAGUAGAAACUACAUUGCGAACUACACGGGCCUGGCUAAACCUCUGAGGGACUUAGUCAAACAUCAAGGCAUGAGGAAUCUCAAUGCUGAUCUAGUAUGGACACAAGACGCGGAGGAGGCAUUUAUCUCCAUCAAACAGGCAUUAGCUACCGCGGCAGCACUAGCCAUUCCUGACUAUACACUACCAUUCCAUUUAGAUGUCUCUGGAACAGAACAGUGCACGAAUGGCAUUCUGUUCCAGAGAAAAGGGGGUGAAAGGGUGAUACUAAUGUACGUAAGUGUAAUGCUAGAUAACAUGGAAAAACGACACCCACAGUGCACCCAACACGCGGCAGGUGUAGCGAAGCUAAUACAAAAAACUGCACACAUAGUCAUGGGACAUCAACUACAUAUAUUGACAACACACAGCGUGGUAGCAUACGUCAAUUCACAAGCAUUCACCCUCACCACAUUACGACAAAGACGAUUAAACAAAAUCUUAGAAGCACCAAACGUUUCCUUCACGCAUGAAGGGAUCAACAUGGCAGAACAAAUGGGCGUAGGGGAACCACAUGAGUGUGCAGACAGAAUAUACCAGGAAGAGAAAGUGCGUCCAGACCUACAGGCAGAACCAAUAGCGGAAGCUAGAACCCUUUACACGGGUCGCUGCUGCUUCAGACAUGAACAGGAAGGCCUUACAGCAGCCUAUGCAGUGGUUGAAGACAAGCAGGGAGAAAUGGUGAUCCUAAAGGCAGAAAAACUGGAAGGACAGCAGUCAGCACAGAAGGCGGAAGUGAAAGCAGUAGUGGAAGCUCUCAAACUCGGACAGGGACAGAAAAUUAACAUUUUCACAGAUUCAGCCUAUGCAGCUGGAGCAGUUCAUGUGGAAUUAGGACAGUGGAUGAGGACCGGAUUUCUAACAGCCACUAACAAACCUAUUAAACAUGAAACAGAGAAGAAGGAACUAGCUGAAGCACUCCUGCUCCCAGAAAAGGUAGCGGUAGUUAAAUGCAAAGGGCAUGACAAAGGUGACACACCCAGGGUCAGAGGAAACAAUGCAGCUGACCAAGCAGCUAAACAGGCAGCUGGGUAUGAAGGGAGAGUCCUUAUGAUAUGUGCAGAGGCAGAGUCUACGCCCGAUAUGACAAAAGUAAUCCUUUUGCAAGCUGAAGCAUCUCCACAGGAAAAAACGUUGUGGAGGGCCAGAGGAGCCACAGAGACGGAUGGUCUCUGGAGGGGGCCAGAUGGGCGUCCCAUCAUACCUCCAGGUUUGCGACAAACAGCAAUAGAGGAGGCGCAUGGAGUACGCCAUGUAGGAGUGGCACAAAUGAUGAGGAACUUGGGAAAUUGGUGGCAUCCAUUCCUCAAAGACAUGAUAAAACACGCAGUGCAAACGUGUGAAGUGUGCAUGCAAUACAACACCAGACCCACCAUCAAACCACAUCCUGGGAAAUAUCCUCUAGAGGCUAAAAUAGGAAAGGAGAUCAUUAUAGAUUACACAGACAUGAUCACUUCGGGUCUCGUUGCAGCCUUCGCGAAGCAGGUAACCAACGGGAGAGAAGGGAAGGCCACCCAAACGUCCCCAGAUGUGGCUUGGGUUCUGCUGAGGGUCUUCAAGCGAAAGUGGGCGGAGCCAAGGUGGACAGGUCCUCAUCAGGUGGUCGAGAGAACCUCCCACGCGGUGAGGCUAAAGGGCAAAGGUGACACCUGGUUCCACUGGAAUCAGUGCGCAGCAGCAGAGGAACCACAGAGGUCGUGGCGGAAGUCCAUCGGUCUCUACAAGCCGAGAGCACUGGGCUGGCUAGCUCAGAACCUAAGAUCACCACUAACGGGGCAGAAUAAUCCCCUGGUGACAAAAUAG